CAGAGUACCCCAAGAUCUUGUCGGAAGCUUCACUUUCUUGCUUAUCAAACUUCAGUUCCAGUUGAUAAUAAGGGAAUCAUCAUAACAUCAGGUCUCCCAACACAGCAUCGAGGUGCCCAGAGUAGAGCAAAUCUCUGACAACAACCUGGCACAAGUGGAGACAACUGACGAAUCAUGAUCAUGAGGACCCCCGCGCUGAUGUUAGUGUUGGUACUGUGCACAGCUUCUACAAUAGCAGACACAGACAAAUGGUACCGGUGUACUUACAAAAAUUGGGCUUUGUCUUGUGUAAAAACGAACCUCAGACAAGUUCCCCUUUUGGUUCCCAGUGACACAAGGGAUUUAUAUAUUUCUUCUAACUACAUAACGACACUUUAUAAUGACUCGUUUGCUGGUAUGGAUAGACUCAGAGUCUUGGAUGUAUCAAGGAAUCGCAUUACUAACAUCGAAGCAGCAACUUUCCGGAACCUGAAAAACCUAACACUGUUGAAACUAGGUGGGAAUAGGUUACAGGCAUUGGCGUCUAAUGUGUUUGAGAACCUGUCCUCCCUGCAAAGGUUAAAUUUAGAUCAAAACAUGUUUACCAGCACGGCAACCAUUAGUUUAGCCUUGUUCCCUCUGACUUCUUUGCAGAUCUUGAAUCUAAAUUUGAACAAAAUGUCAAACAUUCAACUCGAACCAGAGUUUGCACACUUGAAAAAACUAAACACACUGGAUCUUGCUGGAAACUCAAUUUCAUUCCUGAACGCAGAGUCCUUCCGGGUGAUAGAGAACCAUUCCCUCACUCAUCUUAGCUUGAAUAGUAACGAUCUCACCCACAUACCAAACCAGGCAUUGAUGCCCUUUGCAAGUGUAAAGGAAAUAGCUUUCUCUAAAAAUGCAUUAACAGCAAAACACUUGCUUUCAGUAUUCAAUAACACCAGAGGGUUAGGCAUUACAAACUGGACAUUAUCUAAUAACAACAUAACUGAACUGACAAAUGUCACAUUUUCUCCAUUAUUUGCUGAAGAAGUCAUCUACCUUAGUCUAAGUGAUAACGUUAUAAGACACAGUGACUUUGCUGGUCUUUAUAAUCUGCAACGACUUGACCUGGCUGCUAAUGAGAUUGCCAGAAUUGACCCAGAUGCUUUUCACGAUUUGUUCUCUAUUCUAGUACUAAACUUGAACCACAACGUUUUUGGAAGAUAUGGAAGUCCAAAACGAUCUCCUUUUCGAAACCUGUCAUCCCUUACCGAACUGCAUGUUGAUUAUCAAAGGUACACAGCAGGGAUAUUUCCUGAUGGGUACCUGAAUGGCCUGACGUCUCUCCGGCUGCUCUCACUCACAUCACUGAAACUGGUAUCAUUGGAAAGCAAGACCAACAAAACUUCAAUUUUCCAAAAUAUGACAAAUCUUAGAUACUUGGGGCUUACCCAGAAUAUGAUAAGCAAUCUUACAAGAGAUACCUUUGCAGGGUUGACCAAUCUCAGGUACCUGUAUCUAUUUUCUAAUUCCAUCAGAGCUCUUCCGGAAGGCGUGUUUAGAGAUCAAGGCGGGCUACAAUAUCUAGAUCUCAGAAACAAUGGAAUCGUUACACUUUCUAGUACUGUGUUCAUCCCCUUGAAGUCACUAGUUGUACUCAACGUUUACAGCAACAGUUUUGCCUGUACUUGUGACAUAGAAUGGUUUCACGACUGGAUAGUUUCAAGCAUGAACACGACUACAGGUGUACAGGGUGUCUAUUUUGAAGCCCAUACAAACUAUACUUGUACAACUCCAGCAAACCUGAGAAACAAACGUCUGAUUGACAUUAACUUUGACAAACUUGGCUGCAGAUCUAAACUCAGCUUUUACGUAGCAAUAGGGCUGAGUGUCACGUUUGUCAUUUUGUUCGUCACCAUCAUACUGAUGUACCGAUAUCAUUGGUACGGACGAUACGCCAUGUUCCUACUCCGGGCCAAGUUUAACAAGUAUGAAAUCAUCAGAGAGGAAGAGGAGAACCCCAAGACGUACGACGCCUUUGUGGCACACAACAGUCACGACAGCGCUUGGGUCAUCCGUCAGCUCCUUCCACAGUUAGAACGAGGAGAUCCUCCAGAGUUUCGUCUCUGUCUGGGCGAACGGGACUUUCAACCAGGAGCCCCUAUAGUGGACAACAUCGCCGAGUCCAUCUACGAAAGCCGCAAAACCAUCUGUGUCAUCACGCGGAACUUUCUGGAGAGUGACUGGUGCAGGUUUGAGAUGCAGAUGGCGACGUAUCGUCUGUUUGAGGAGCACGUGGACUGUUUGAUUGUGGUGUUCUUGGAACAGAUUCCAGCUCAGAGACUGGCCAAGUACCACUCCCUGAGGCGGGUGAUGUGCAGGAACACCUACCUGGAGUGGCCCGAGGAGCCCGAGGCCAGGGAUCUGUUCUGGGAACGACUUCGUGCCGCACUACGAACACACAGGCCUCUCAAUCAUGAAUUCAAUGAAUAAACGUAAAAGCAUGAUUACGAGCAACAUCUCAAUGUAAAGGGAAAUAUGUAGCUUAUGCCACUUUUUUCACUUGUAUGAUAUACAUCUUUACCUUUAAUACACUAGCUAUAUCAAGACUUGAGCUGGUUUAUCAGCUU